UCAAACAAGAGACCGACAAAGUUUAUGUAAAAGCUAAUGUUAGUUUGGUGAAGCGAGGACUGAUUUAAAACCCGGUGAACUCGAGCGGGGUUCCUGCUCUACUUUCACACGCGGACGCCGCUGCACUUCAGUGGCUUCAAAUAGCACCAGAGACACUGUAGCGUUAGUCCAACUGUAUCCACUGGAUGAUGAUGAUGAUGAUGAAGAAGAGUCUCUCCCCUUUUGGAAACGUCGCAUGCUGUUGGUGUCUCCAGUAGAGCUGCCCAGGUCCACGUGUCCAGGUCCACGUGUCCAGGUCGACGUGUCCAGCCCCUGGCAGCUCACUGCCGGGUGUCUCCAGUAGAGCUGCCCAGGUCCACGUGUCCAGCCCCGGGCAGCUCUACUGGAGACACCCGGCAGGUGAGCUGCAGUGCACCGGCCACAACAUCCAUGGGAGGGAGAGGGGAAAGAAAAGUCACGACUCAACGCGACGAGGAGACUCAAUGUGUCAAACUGGCUCAUUUCCAACAUCUAUCUGGAAAACAAGCAGGAAUCAGCCCUCUGUCCACGAUGUCCUCCAGAGGGAAACAUGACUUGUGCCGAAUGUGUGGCGGAACUCUCCAGGGAAACCAAAGGCGGUGGCUGUUUGGGGGCCAAAAUAAGAAGACGGAUCAGGUUCAGACCCCAACAGGGUCCCUGAGAGGAGGAAGCCUGUCCGCGCAGAGCAGCCCCUGGGGCAGCACAACGUCUCUGGGUUCCUCGGUGUCUCUCUCCCAGUUUACCCUGAGCUCCCCGUCCAAAGGGAUGGAUGUGCUCUCUGUGUUGACUCACAUACUAGGGCAGUCUGUAACCCGAGGCAGCGGGCAGGGGGAGUUUGUGUGUGGCAAAUGCGUGUGCGUCCUCGAGCGGGUGUUCAAGUUCGACUCGGUGAUAGCCAGGGUGAGGGUGCUCUCGUCCGAGAGGCUUCAGAAGAUGACGCAGGAGAGGGACAAGAUCAGACAGUGGGUGCGUCAAAGCUACUACCAGAGACACCCCGGGGACCUCCAGAGCAGGGGCAGCACCAGCGAGGAGGACAGCGAGGCGGAGAAGGAGGGCUACAGGGAGAUGCUCAAAGAGAACAUGGCACUGUCGGAGUACGAGUGCUGGUCCGAGAAGUGGGACACGUGCCCGUAUUUCGUAAGAACGGGGAAAAGGUGCCGAAAGGGCAAAGGAUGCGAAGGCUGUGAUUCUCUGCGGGUGUCCGACUCGGAUUACGAGUCUGUCUGUGGGGUCCCCCGGCGUUUGCCCCUCCAGCCCUUCUCCCCGUUGGCGUUGUCGCGGGACAAAUCCCAGAGCAUGCCCCUCAACUGGCAGAGGGUGACAUCCUUCAGCUCCAGCCCUUCCUCACUGGCGGGGUCCACUCUGUCCUUACAGACGUCCUCCUGCACCGAGUCCAUUCAGUCUCUGGACUCUCUUGAUGGCAAUGACCCGUUUGACCCGCCGGGUGUUUUGCUGAGGGAGCUGAAAGGCAUUGAAGGGAAGCCGGUCAGUUCGCCGUCGGGGAGUAGGAUCCCCGUUCUGGACAGGAAGUACUCGGGGACAGGUGGAGGGACGGCGUCGCCCUCGGUGAACAGGGCGCUGCGCUUCAGGAGUGUGGAGAGCACGGAUGAGGAGGACGGGGCUUUGCUGUCAGAGCUGAGGGAUGAAUUCAUGCCUCUUCAUCUCGAGGGCUCUACUGGCAGGGUUCACCACGCUGUCAGGCACCUGCAAGGCCAGCUGGAUCAAGCUGUGGCCCACAUCAGGACCCUGGAGGCCGAGCUGAAACAUGGGAGGGGCCAAUACACUGAAGUCAAUGGGUCAGACGACUGGCUCCCUUUGCUCCAGGAGGGGGGGGGCAGCUCCCUGCUGCAGAGCCUCGGCCACUCCCUGCACAGCCGGGAGCGCGUGAUCCAGGCUUGCAUGGGUCUGAUCAGAAAGCUGUGUGUGGAGGAGGGGGCGGGGACUGAGCUGGCCAAUCAGCUGACUGAGAAUCUGAAGGAAACUCAAUCUGACAACAAGGCCGCCCUGCAGACUUUGAGGUCCGAAGUGACUAAGAAGGAGAAGAGCAUGGCGAAGGAGAUCGAGGCGCUGCGGAAGGCCGGCAGAGACAGAGAGGGAGACCUCGACACACUCAACACGGUGCUGCAGAGCAACCAGGAUAUUCUCAACGACCUGCGACUGGCUCUGGAGGAGAGGGAGCGACUGCUGAAGGAGGUGGUGAAAGAGAGGGAGGUGUGGAGACAGAGGGACGGCGCCCUCGCCACUGUCCUGCAGGAGAAGGAGGCUCUGAUCCAGGAGCUGGCGAGCUGUCAGAAAGACAUGCAGGGGUUGGCAGGAGACACGGAGGGAAAUGGCGCCACCUUGUGCAGGGAGGUCACCAAACUCACCACAGCCCUGCAGGAGUACCAGGACAUGGUGCAGACUCGGCAGGGGAGUCACAGUCAGACGGUGUCCUCUCUGACGAUCAACUCAGGGGACACUCGGCGGGAGCUGAGGGCGAAGGAGAAGGAGAAGAAGGAGGCCGAUAGAGUCCGGCAGAACAACCGAGAGGACGGCGAGAGAGAGGAGAGGAAACUGAGGGACGGCCUGCAGAAGAGAAACAAGCUCAUCGAGCAAAUCCUGUUGGACGCUGAGGAGCGUGACAAUCUGCUCCGAGAGCUGCAGCAGAACCUGCAGAACAAACGUGAACCUCUGACCGCCAUCAAGCACACACUGUGAUGGAGGAGGAGGAGGAGGAGGAGGAGGAGGAUUACUUUGCACUUUCUGCGCCACCCUUUGGCCUUUACAGCAUAUUCAUCGUGGUGAACAUUAAGUCUAUUUAUAUUUAUCUCAGCAUUUUUUUUAGGUUUGCAUUUGCUGGCUUGUUUUGGCAAUUUUCCAAAAUUACAACUUGAUUCUCUGGAGUGAAUCAGUAAAUUCAGACUUAAGAGAGUCCGACAACCUGAUUGUUUUCAGUAUGGAGAGAUGUCAAGUCUGGCUUCUUAUAACUGGAUGUUUAAUACUUGAUUUAAAGUUAGUUUUUGAAUGUAAUGGAUCUAAUGAUCAGACUAUGAUUUGGAUUUAAUUUCAUGCAGUGGGAUUACUGAUGUAUGAUUGUUAGUGGAUCCGAGGUAACAUUAGUCCUGUCCUUUUAGGACAGGCGCGGGGUACGAAUUUUCUUAUUUGCAGUUUGUCUUUUCACUUUUUGUUUACAGUGCUAUCACAGCACUCCUAGAGGGAAUUAUUUUUGGACCAAAUAAUAUUUUUAACCCCUUUCUUCUUUUCUGCUUUUAUGUCUUUUUUUUUUUUUAAAACGCUCUGUUAUCUUAAAUGUACCUUUUUUUUGAUGUAAUUUGUAGUUUUGUAAUGUUAGUGUGGGACCUUUUUUUUUUUUAGCUCAAGAGAAUUAAACCCUCUGAUCCAGUCUGGACAUGUUCAGACAUGCUUGGUGGUCCGCUGGUCCCGGAAGUGUUUCUUUCAUAUGUUUCUUUGAACGAUCAAUCAAACAAUUGUUUUUGUAAUCGUAUAAAGUGUAAUGUACAGUGUGACAUGGAUAUAAACACAUCCCGCAUAAUCUAAGGGUAAUAUAGGUAUUUUAACCAUUUGCUAAAUGAUGUGUUGUGCGCAUAUGGUUGCGCUUCCUUCUGGCAAAGCGGAACGCCUACAAUACCCAUGAGCCUCUCCGGCCGAUGCUGUGGGAAAGCAGCCAAGCAGUGAAUUCCAAACCGUAAGCUUUUAAAUGAAUUAACCCAACCCGGCGGUAAAGUCACAAAUAAAGUAAAUUAAAGUAAA